AUGGCAGGCGAGGCACCUGACCCCGAGUCCAGCAACAACUUCACUCGGAUAGGCUCUCGAUCUGCCAUGGAAGUAAAUGCAGCACGAAUUCUGGAAACCAUUGGCGAUGAGGAUUCACUUCCUUCAGGACUCGAGGCCACUGCGAAUACGAGUACAGACAAGGAAGCCGCCUCGACGGGAAACAGGCUCGCUCCGUUGCUUUUCCAGCGCCCUCAAAGUUCCGGCAUUGAUGUCUCUGCUUUUUCAUUUGCGAGGCCUGCUCAAAAGCGGAAGGGUAUUCUCCUCCAGAACUCGGCCAGGCGUGUCUCCCUCAACGUAGAGAAAGCUCCCAGUCCUCACCCGACAGCAGAGGGAGGAAUCUGUGGGAACAAUGAGCGUUUUGUUGCAGCAGAAGAUCGUCAAAGCCCAUUCAGUCCAUCGAUUGGCCCUGAGCACCAUGGAACUGGCAAUUACCGUGUCGAUGGACGCACUUUGGAUUUGCAAUUUCGCCGCCCCACGAAAACACGCGAUCUUGAAAGCAACACGCAAUUCAACCCACCGGCUGGCAGUGUCGAUAAAGGAACAACUUCGGUCACUUCUUUGCUGUCAAAUUUCAAUGAUCAACCAGGCAAUGCGACAGAGCCUGGUGAUACUCGUCCGAGCUCAUUCAGGUCUAUCCAAGUCGAGCAGCAAGGUUUGCCCAGCGUUCGAGCUCGAGACCGCUCUUCAUCUCGAGUAUCCAAUAUCUCAUCAAAUGAUACCCGAGUCUUAAAGCGCCGGCAUAACAGCCGCGAGGGCGUACCGACCAAACGUCGAACGACCAGCCAAAAGACAGAACAAGAUCUUUUUGAGCAGUUGAUCAACAAAAUCCGACAGCGUGAGGAAAAGCAAGUUGCUUCCGCUAGCCUUCAACGGCAGACCGAGUCCGAAAAUACAGAGCUCAAAGGCGAAAACCAAUCGCUCAAGGAAGACCUCGAGGCGUGCCAGGUCAAACUGCAAAAGAAGAUGUCCGAGUCAAAAGUUCACAAGGCCCAGAUGGAUUCUUGGAAAGUGAAACUCGGCAAAUUCAAGGAGGUCGUCAACGGAUUGGGUGAAGAUUAUGGAAUGUUAAAAGAGCACUCCGACAGAUUCAUGACAACUGCGGAGUCUCUUGAAAAGGAGAGGGAUGGCAUCGUGGAAGAGAUCAACGAGAUCAGGGCCGAUAUAUCUCAGGCCACAAAUACAAUCGACGGACAGCGAGAGAAGCUCGCUGAGUCGAGAAGACGCAUUGCUGUUCUGGAGCAAGAUCUACAGCACUCGGAUGCAAGUAGACUGGAAACAAAAUUGCAAAUGUCUGAGGAGAGGAAAAGAGUGUUAACUCUCGAGACCUUUAUUCAGAACCACACUCGGAGCCAAUCAAGACAACUUGGGGUUGUCCGAGAUGACCAGGGGAAGAUCCUCAUCAAACUGGGUUCAGUCCUCGAGUUGAUUUCUGAAACUGCAUCAGCCUCUGAAAAGGUGAUCGUGGCGAGCGUUCUUAAAACCCUUGACGAGUGUGUAUCUUCGGCCAAGGAGUUGCGCGAUGCUUGCUCUGCAGAAAGGACGGAUGCUCAGCUAUUCACAAGCACUGUGCAGGAAGUAGCUUCUCGAAUCGACUCAAUUGCAAGUCAAUUUUCCAACGAUAUUGACAAAAGUACUGUUAUCAACACUGUCACGAUGCAAAGCCUUAUUAAAGAGUUGCAAUCUGUCAAACGCAACUUGGGUAGUGAUUCAUCACUGUUCAGACAGCUUAUUGAUAGCGAGAGUGCGCAGAAGAGAGUUGAACGGAAGCUGGAUGCGGUUGAACCAGCAAUCAACAAACUCGAUACUUCAGUCAAAUCGCUGGAGACCACCGAGCACAAUAUUUCCCGUGGGCUGGAAGGCUUUGGGGAAAAGCUGGAUAAGGCCCAGCUUGUGGCGGCUAACCCGGCUCUCGAUGUGGAACUUUCCAACAAAUCCGUUGAGAUUACGAGGCUCCAAUCUCAACUACAGGAGGUAUCUGCAGAGCUUAGAUCUUUCAAGACACGAUUCACGGGCACGGAAGCGGAGAAAGAAAGGCUUCUACAGUCUUUGAAUGAUGUCAACUCAAAGAAGCAAGCUUUUGAAGACCGUGCGAUCAAUCUCGAGUGUGCAAAAGUUGCGUUGCAAGACGAAAUCCGAGGGGCCGAGCAAAAAACCCGCGAAGAGCUGAUAAAAGCAAACACGGUUUCUCAGAACAACCUGAAAGUGACAUACAAGCAACAACUCCAAGGUCUUGAGAAGGAGAAGAAAGCUCUUGAAAAGGAAUCUGCCAAGCUCCAAAAGCAAGUGGAGAAGGCCGAGGGCGCUUUGGUCCAAGCCACCGAAGAAGCCAAGAAGGAACGAAGACAACAAGACGCCAUGCUUGGAGAAAUGCGACAGCAAAUCAAGGAGCUCAAAGAUGUUUGCUCAGGCUCUGCAACCAAACUGGACUUGCAGGUUAACGAAAUGAUUUCCAUGCGCGGGCAGCGUGAUCAGCUUCAGAUGAAUUUUGAAGAGCUGCAGACAACUAUUCAUGACCUUGAAGUCAGCCUAAACUCGCAGGCGAAGAAUGAGAAACUCGAGACGGUGCAAACGGCGCAACAGAUUGAGAGACUCCAAGCAUUGAUUCGCCAAAAGGAUGAAGAGCUGCGGACCGUGGGCCAGAAUUUGGAUGCAGCAAAUUCAGCCAAUACGGACCUCCAGGCGAGCCUCCAAACCCAGACUGAGAUAGGGAAGUCUGAAGCAGCGCAUGCGCUGCAAAGCCUCGAGAGUCUUCAAGCUAAGAUUUGUCAAAAAGAUGAAGAGCUGCAAAUCGUGAACCAGAACUUGGACGCAGCAAAUUCAGCCAAGUCGAGCCUCGAGAUGGGAAAGGAAAAGGCCAAGACCGAGAUACAUUCUCUCCUCCGCCGAGUUCAGGAAGGGGAGGGUUGGCUGAAGACCAUCAGAGAAGGCGCUGCAAAGUUUACGACAAUAGACUCAAGGGAGUCUUUUGCACACACAUGGAGCAAGUUGGAGACCAUACUACAGUCCGCAGCCGAGGCUCCGGGAGAGGCGCCCGCUUUUUCUACCCGCAAAGAGGUUGCAACUGACAGUGGUAUCGCGGUCUCAACAAAACGAAUUGUUACCUCUACCCCUGACAAAGGCAAGGGUAGCUCUGCUCAGGGUUUGAUGCGAACCAGAGAUUUGUCCCAGCAGCCUUCAAUCGUUGAACCAGCUGCUGUAUACGCAUCGGAACAGCGUGAUUCGUCACCAUCUGUGAUUGCAAACAAUGACACGGAAUCGAGUUCGAAUAUCCCCGAUCCUACGAGCAACAUUUCAUUUGCGAGUAUCGGAACUCGACAUUCAAUGAGCGAUGAUUUAAUUUCACCUUUUGAUGACCCGGCCGAGCUUGAGAUGCUUUUCAUGUCAACCCCAGAUGUCCCGAAUCAAGCAGCACCGUUGCGUGUCCCGGCACCAGCCCCGAUAGAGAAGGACGAAGUGAGCAUUUUGAAAGAGGAAACACUUAUGCGACGCAGAAGGCCUGACAGGAGAUCUAGCGGUAGUGACCUUGACAGGGUUAUCGGAAGCCCUGCAAGCCCUUCUGUUGCUGGAGCGGCCGGUGAAAUCGCAAAAACAGAGCAUCCCACGGUCAAACGCAAAGCAGUCAGCUUUGGACAGCAGCACUCUGCUACUGAGCCGACCGAAGGAUCGCGGCAAGGAUCAAUCCAGGUCGAGGAAGACUUGGAUGAAGACCAGUCGAGCAAGAAGACAAAGCGUGUCCAUGUGCACACAUACAGCCGCAAAAGAAGCGACCAAGCUUCUCAGAAGGUCAGUGCAAGCCAGACUGUGACCAGCGAGAACAUCUGCGUGGAGACGAUGCAGCAUACAACGGCCCAGGGGACGAAUAUCGGCGCCGCUCAACACCCCAAGGCAUCUCGAAAAUUGGCAGAUGCGUCCGAUGUACUGGAGCGAAGAGUUAGCCCGCGCAAUCUGGUUUCUGUAGGCAGCCAGAGCCACGCUGCUGGCCAGAAUACCGCUGGUCGUCGCCGACGUCGGUCCCGUGGUGAACGCUACAGCGCCCGCUUUGAUAAGGAGGAAUGA